GAAUAAAGAUAAAAAAGUGUGUUGACACAGGGGAGUGUUACACAUUUAGGUUCCUAUGAUGGAGAAACCUUAUUAGUGUGGUGUUGGGCCACCACAUGCCAUCAGAACAGUUUCAUUGCACCUUGGUAUUGACUUCCCAAGUCUCUGAACUCUACUGGAGGGAUGAAUCCAACAGACAUUCUCGCAUGUGGUGUUUAGAUUAUGAUGGUGGAGAUGCUGCCUAACACAUCGCUCCAACAUCUCCCAUAGAUGUUCAACUUGGUUGAGAUCUGGUGACCGUGAAGGCCACAGCAUGUGAGCCACGUCAUUUCUAUCCUCAUCAGAGCAUUCAGUAACCCCUCAUGUCCUAUGGAUGUGUGCACUGUCAUCCUGGAAGGGACCACUCAUUUAUUCAGGUUUGUCAUUUCAUUUGUGGCUCAUCUGUAGGUUUCAGUGUGGGGGAAAAUUUUAUAGUGGAUCAAGAUAUGCUAUUUAUCCAUACAGUAUAUGAACAUAUGCUGUGGUCUAUAAUUCACCAUAUAGUUUACAGGCUAGGUAUAGGCAUCAGUAGCCUAUACAUUGUAACUCCACAAGAUGUUAAGAAAACACAGCUUUCUACUUUUUCGUUUGUCUAAAUACGUUUGAUUCGCUUACAGACUGUCACUUAACGCCCCUGCAGACCGCUGAGCAGCCCGUCUCUCACCUCUCUGCCUCUAUCUGCCUCACUGCUCCGCCUCGGAUGCUGCUACUGUUUAUCACAUUACCGCGACACAAGAGCAGCGUCUCCUUAAAGCGACACUAAAGCUUAAUUAGACUGCCAGAGAGUGCAGAAGGAGGAGGAGAGAGACGUCCAGGAUGCAGUUGAAGAGAGGGAACAGCAUCCACAAGCCGCCUACAUCUUUUCCUUGCAGGAUGCCCCAGGUCGCCGCCUCAUUUCACUGGGGUUAUGGUAUCUGAAAUGUAAUUGGAUUCUGCAUACCUGCAGAAAAACCUCCAAGACAAACCCUUCCUCAUUUGCUCUCACGAUCCCUGGACAUUGUCACUGCGUCACAUUCGUUCUUCCUGCGUCUUUUCUUCCGCAACCGUGUCGCUACUCAUAGGUUAACAACCUUCAUUCUCCCUCCACAUAUGGGUUUUGUAGACUUCAUUGCCUCUAUUAAAAGCGUCGAUAAAUCCGCGAUUGGUGCGUCCUUGUUCUGCUUGACCAUUUGCAUUUCUGCGCUCCUGUUUGCCGGCCACGCUUUACCGCUGACGCGCUCCCUCCCAUUCAGUCCAUGAAAGCCGCUGUAACACUAGCUGCAUUGGCGCGUCAACGCAUGCACGCUUUCUCCCCCACAUGAACUCUGAAAUCUGUGUGAACCGUGCGUCGUCUCCGUGUCUUCGCCCUCGCUCUACCGCUGAUGCGGUGCGUCUGGGGUCUCGUUGUUUCUUCGUCCUGGCCUGUCAGUCAUCCUCUGGUCCGGGGGGGCUGCUUCCCGCAAAGAGGCAAGAUGGUGCGGAUCGCCAGCGCGCUGGGGCUCGUCAUUUUCAGCGUGGCGCUGCUCAUCCUGUCCCUCAUCAGCUACGUGUCCAUCAAGAAGGACUUCCUGCUCAGCACCCCCAGAUACGGACCUAAUGGAGGACCCAGGAUGUACAUGUUCCAUGCUGGGUUUCGCUCCCAGCUGGCGAUGAAGUAUCUGGAUCAAGCUUUCACUCCUCUCACCAAUGCACUCAGUGAGGACCUGCAAAACUCCUCGAAAUGGAGGUACAACAGGACUGCGUUCAUACAGCAAAGGAAGGAGAUCUCUCAGUACAUCGACAUCCCCCACAACUUCACACUGACACGAGGCUCGGUCCGAAUUGGACAGCUGAUGCAUUAUGACUAUUCCAGUCACAAGUAUGUCUUCUCCAUAAGCGAGAACUUCCGUUCACUGCUUCCCAAAGUUUCACCAGUCCUUAACAAACACUACAAUGUCUGUGCUGUGGUCGGCAACAGCGGCAUCCUCACUGGCUCACGCUGCGGACCCCAGAUUGAGAAGUUUGACUUUGUCUUUCGCUGCAACUUUGCACCGACCGAGGUGUUUAAGAAGGAUGUUGGGCGGCGGACCAAUAUGACAACCUUCAACCCCAGUAUCCUUGAGAAAUACUACAACAAUUUACUGACAGUGCAGGACAGGAACAACUUUUUUCUGAGUCUGAAGAAGCUGGACGAGGCCAUCCUGUGGAUCCCAGCAUUUUUCUUCCACACAUCAGCCACAGUGACAAGAACACUGGUCGACUUCUUUGUGGAGCAUCAAGGUCAGCUGAAGGUCCAGCUGGCCUGGCCUGGAAACAUCAUGCAGUACAUUAACAACUACUGGAAAACCAAGCAGCUGUCACCAAAGCGUCUCAGCACUGGCAUUCUAAUGUACACGCUUGCAUCCUCCAUGUGUGACCAGAUUCAUCUGUAUGGCUUCUGGCCCUUUGGCUGGGACCCCAACACAGGAAAAGAGUUGCCAUACCAUUACUAUGACAAGAAGGGCACCAAGUUCACCACCAAAUGGCAGGAGUCCCAUCAGCUGCCUGCAGAGUUCAAACUCCUCUACAAGAUGCAUAUGGAGGGACUGCUGAAGCUUACUCUCUCACGCUGUGCUUAGGGUUAAAACUGCAGCGCUUUUUCAAACUCCUUUCCAAAGCCUCCAUGGCGCUGUCAAAAUGACGAGACAGACGGGGGCAGGAUUCAUGCGAUUCUGUUAAAAGCUAAAUCACAAAGCUAAGUUGGUGCAGUAGGUUAUUACAGUAAACUGUAAGAUCAAUGAGCAAAAGCCAAUAUUUUUGUGCUCAGGAUGAACCAUAGCAGCUCAAGAAACAAGGAGUGUAUUCAUUUUCUGCUGUUCAAACAUUUCCUUAAGAAUGAAGGUGUGUUUGUGUGUGUUUUUUUUUUAAAGCCAAACUUUGUUCAGACUGACACUAGCAUUGCUUUAAAAGCGCAGGCCCCUUGUCCAUUCAGUGAAAUCACUGUGCUGAUGCAGUUUGUGUUCUAAUGCAGAGGACUCUGGCAAAAAAAGUUCAAUGUGGCUCAAUAUUUACCAUAAACUCAAUCACCCAGCAACACCCAGUGCUGACUAAUCAGGUAAUUGCAAGCACACAUUGCUGGUACAUUCCAUUGUAGAGAAAGCUCUGAUUUUGUGAUGGUUUUCCAGUUUUGAAAUGUUAUGUGUUAUAUACUGUUAUACAGUCUUUUGGCAUCUGUGGGGCUUUCAGGUGAAAGGCAUGUUCAUAUUGUCACAGAAAAACCGCUUUAAGGCGCACCUCGCCAUUGGCGUGUAUGUGGUGUUCAUAUCUGUGGUGUGCAGCACAGAAUAGAGAUGUGCUGGAAGGCUAAAUUUGUUGAACAUUGACCCCGCUGUCCUUUGUGGGCACAGCCAGUCACUGUCAACCACUGCUUGAACUGAUGAAAAACUAAUUAGACUAUUCGUAUUUCUAAAUUUCCCAAUCUGUAACAUGUUAGCCUUAUACCUAGACAAGACAGACAGGCAGCCAAUUUAACUGGCAAAUUAUCAGCAUGCAGGUGCAGCUAUACUAAAAGAAAAAAAAGAAAGUAAAAGAAAAAAAUAAUGCUUGAGUCUUUGAAAUGUAGCAAGCUAUUGCUAGCAACAUUAGCACUGUAGCUAAGAUGACGACAUCUUGUACAAUGUCCCCCAGAGGUCAAACUGCGUAUCCUCAGUUUUCCGUGAUAAUGUAAGCACACUUUUAGGGAUCUUGUAUUCAAACUGCACCUGUAGAAGCAAACUGUCACCAAUGAAGGUCCUUACUUUUUCUUUUAACACAGUGCUGUUUUAGUCUUUUCGGUUUGACAAUGAUAGCUUAAUAGUUGAGGAGAACAGGACUGUGUUUUUUUUGCUCCACUGCUCCAUUUGCCACUUUAAGUCAAGUACAUAUACAUGUUAAAUUUAGCCACGUGGUGGGAGUACUUUAAAUAAAUAAAUAAGUCCAAUAUUAAAAUAAACUAACCAUAGAUUAAUGUGGUGUUUAGCAAUUUAGUUACAGGUUUCUGAAUUUGAGCAUAUAUAUUAAAGCUGGAUUCACAAAAUAUUUUGGUUAGUCGGGGCAGAAGAACAAGUCGAAAAGCAACGUAGAUGCUUAUAAACCCUAUGCCCUAUAAGACAGUAACUGAAAAAGAUGUCUAAGGAAUUUGCAUUUGAAAAUUAGUUUCAGGCAACACAGCAAUAUUUUAAUCUGAACUGCUUUUGGAUAUUUAAGUCAGUAUUAUUUAUUUGUGAUUUGAAAUACGUGUACUUUGUGGCAUGUUUCACAUUCUAUAUUAUAAAGGUUGGAGUCUGUAUUUUGCAGCUGAUUGUAUGACAAAGGGACAUUAUGUGACUCAUAAUGCCCCUUUGUGCAGCACACAGCUUUCAUCUUGAAGAAAUAAAAUAACCAUAUAUUUGCAGUUUCUGGUGAGCAACAAAUACCAGAAAGAAAAGAUUUUGGUCUUGAUUCCUAGUUCUCACUAUGUUGACUUGUCUGUGUAAUUUUAAUGUGACAGCGUGAGAAAAGUGGGAUCUUAAGUAAUUUUAAAACAGCAACAUAUUCACAAUUACACUUUGUACAUAUUACACAAAACAUGCAUUUUUGCACAGUGUCUUACAAACAGACUCUAUUUCUAAUUUGUUUUCAUCAAACAACAAAGUACAAGCUGGGGAAACCAAAAUAAGUACAGAUGAACUGUUCUGGCUUUGGUAACCUUUUGAUUUUUAGUCAGGUUUUAGUUCAAUGACAAAAUCCACCCAGAGUCCACCAUUUUCAUACAUUUGGUGACAACAACUUUGGCCCUUUUGGCAUUCCAUGGAUGUAAAUAAUUAAAAUAAGUACAGUUGUACAAACUACAUGUACUAUUGCUUUAAUAUUUUGCAGGUCCAUAUGAUAUUUGCCAUUUGUAAUUACUGAAGCAGAUUCAUCUGGCUUUUAGACACAUCAAGUAUGAAUUAUCAUAUUUGAUGUGUUGUUCAGUGGAGUUUUUCAUGCAUGUUCAUGCUUGCUGUAAUGUGUAGGUGAGACAUAAGAAAUGAAAGAGAUUGGGACUAUUUUUGUAAUGUACAUCUCAAGAAUGUAUUUUUGGCAUUUUGAACAAAACUAAUGAAACCAGCUCCAUCUAAAUCAAGGUCUCUUUAUGAAGAGUAAAGGUACAUUUAUAUAUUAUAUCACAAACAUUAUAGAUAUGAAGAUGAACAAAUGUUUUAUUUAUCAAAUACUUGAUAGAAAACAUCUGUUUCUGUAUUUAUUUAAUAAUCUAGCCACUGAAAUGAAUGAAACUAUCAAUUUAAUAAAAUAAAUCCUGUUUUUUUAUGCUAACUGUUUUUGAACACUGAAGUGUGUUGUUAAAGGUGUUUUCAAACCUAGUUUGUCUGAAUCAGUGGGCCAGUUUGUAAGCUUGUUCAGUUUUCCCCUUGGUUCAUCUUCAUUUCACACCAGAAACCCUAAACCCAUCACCAGAUUAUGUGAGUAAUUUUUACAGUACAUUCCUUUUGCUCACUGGUUAAAUGAGCCUGGGGUGGGAAUGGGAAUGAAAACCACAGGAUGAAGACCUGUGUUCUGUACUGUGAAUAUUCUUGUGAAAGAAAUUUGCUCUGUAACAUAGAGAAACAGCACAAUUGUCACAAUUUGCUCAUAACUGGUAAUUAUAUGGGCAAUAUGCCAAAUAAAACUAUGCCAACAGGAUGCCAAUGGAAUAAAGUCUGUGCUGCAUAACUGUCA